AUGGAUCGUGAAUUUGAAGGUAAUCGUGAACGUGAGCGUGAACGUGAACGUGGUCGUGAAGGUGGCUUUGAAGGUGGUCGUGAACGUGGCUUUGAAGGUGAACGUGGAUUUGAAGGUAAUCGUGAACGUCAAGGUGAACGUGAACCAGGUCUCAUCAAUGAUUUUCGCCGUGAAGAAGGAAAAGUCGAAGGCGAAUUUCGAGAUUUUGAAAGAGGUCAUGAACAACGUGAAGCUGAUAAAUAUGAAAAUCGUGCUGAUAAAUAUGAACGAAGAGAAGAUGAAGAUUUCAAUAAAGGACGUUUUCCGUAA